CGAAGGCAUUUUCCUCUUUGGUUUGCUUUGCUAGUAUUUGUUUAGUAUUUACAGUGUCUGUCUCGGACAGUAGUGGACAGAUUUGUAUUCUCUGCUCUCAUCAUUGCUGCAGUUGUAUCUAAUUGGUUCUUCUGGUGUAGUGAGAUCCUCAGCCUCUGCUCAGUGACCAGUUUGUCCACACAUGAACAGAUCUCACAAACCAGCAUGAAAAUUAUAUGUAAAAACAGUUAAACGGUAAAACCCAGCUGAAAAAAAAAUCAUAUAGCCCAUUAAAAGGUUUUUUCGGUGUCCAAUAGUCUUUAAUGGUGUGUUUUCCUGAUGGCUUGAUAUCUCAGACUCUAAUGGUUCUAACAGGUGUUCUGAUUACAGAUGCGUUUGAUAGUUUCCUAAUGAGAACCAGCCUGCUGCUUUUUCUACCAGAAAUGGAGGGAUUAAAUGUGUGAAUAUGGAGUCCAGAGGAAGCUCCAGCACUCAGCCAGUGCCCUCUGGUACUGAACACACAAACACGUCUCGCAGUCAAACACAGAGCAACGCAGCAGCGAAGAGACCUCACGACUGCUCAGAGUGCGGGAAGAGUUUUCACUAUCCAAGUCAUCUGAGAACACACCAGCGCGUUCACACUGGAGAGAAACCGUUUCAUUGCACAGAGUGUGGAAAGAGUUUUAACCAGCUGAAUAGUCUCCAACUACACCAGCGCAUUCACACCGGAGAGAAACCGCAUCCCUGUUUGGAUUGUGGGAAGAGAUUUGGAGACCGUGGUUCGCUCAAAAAACACCAGCGUAUUCACACUGGAGAGAAACCGUUUCGGUGCUCAGAGUGUGGACAGAGUUUUGGAGCCAGCAGUACGCUCAGAAAACACCAGCUCGUUCACACUGGGGUGAAAUCGCAUCGCUGCUCCGAUUGUGGGAAGAGUUUCUCUCUGCACAGCUCUCUCCAACGACACCAGCGCAUUCACACCGGAGAGAAACCGUACGAGUGCUCGGAGUGCGGCAAGAGAUUUACCGUACACUCUCAUCUGCAGCAACAUCAGCGCAUUCACACUGGAGAGAAACCGUAUCACUGCUCCGAGUGCUGGAAGAGCUUUAGAGACUACGGCACCCUCAAGAAACACCAGCUCAUUCACACUGGAGUGAAACCGUACGGCUGCUCAGAGUGUGGGAAAAAUUUCACUCUAAAGAGUCACCUCCAAACACACCGGCGCGUUCACACUGGAGAGAAACCGUAUCACUGUUUAGACUGCGGGCAGAGUUUUACUCUAAACAGUCACCUACAGCGGCACCGACUUAUUCACACUGGAGAGAAACCGUAUUACUGCUCGGAGUGCGAGAGGAACUUCAGGCAUUUGAAUACUUUAAAGAUUCACAAGUGCAGCACAAGGAAGAUGAAAACUCCUGAUACGUGAUUUAUUAUGCAUUUUUGUGGACAAUAAUGGAUGUAAUAAGUAUUUUACAGGAAACUUCUCAUGAAUGCAUUUGUUGAUCUGUCCAUGUCCAAACUGCAGCUCUCCCAGCUCCUACCAUGACCCCAUCUGGACUAAGCACUUAAAGAUGCUGCUGCUGCUGCUGAUGAUGAUGAUGAUGAUGAAUUUCUUGUUGUACAUUUUUAGACUUAUUUUUGUAAAUUUUCACAAAAACUGAAGGAUCUGUUCAUUACAAUUUGAUCAUUUGUCAUGUUUAUCAUGAAGUGAUAAAAAGGGCCAACAUCUCAACAAAUCACCAUCAACGUUUUAAUUACCAGCCUCGAGCAAGUUCAGGUUCUUUAGUAAAGACAGUAGCUCUACAUAGAACCAUGAACACUGCUUAAAUGGUUCUCUGUAUGGUGAAAUGGUUCUUCAGAAUAAUGUAGAAUGUGUUGUGUAAGUUUUUAUACAGCACCGAAAAGGUUUUCCUAUUGUUACAAUCUUGACAUCAUAACAACAGCAGAACUCAUUUUGGUAUGUAUAGAACCAUAUACAAGACAUUCUCCAUCAGUCUGAAUAACUUUCACCAUGCGGAGAACCAUUUAAGCAUGCAAACGGUUCUUUGAGCAUUCAUGGUUCUAUAAAGAACUGAUGUCUUUACUAAAGAACCCUUGAAGGACCAUCUUUUAGAGUGUAUUCAAGCUUUGAGAGUGGAGAGAAAGGGUUGAAUCCUCCUGAUGUUGUAGAGGAGAUUCCAGGUUUGACCAAGGAAUUCUCAAAGGAGACAGAAAGAUCAGUCCUGUAGUGUGAAGAGCAGCUCAGUCUGGGUGGGAUUCACUCUCAGGUGGUCGGCUCCUCCAUGAUGAGAUUUUAGCCAGACAUGCUGAAAGGUGAUCAAGCCUGAGAAUCAUCAGCAGAACACUGGUAGGAGAAGCCAUGAGAGGAUGUUGUAUCACCACAAGGACCACCUGACACCUUGCAGACUGUCAGUGGGCUUGAAAUGGCUACAUACUGGAUAAACAUUGUACAUCAUUCCGUCAAAAAACUACAACUUCAUCCUCAGUGGAGCUGUUCACUGAGAUGUGCUCUUUCCCACAAUACAAAGUGCUGGCAGUUAAAUAUGCCUUAAAUUGUAGAAUAAACUACUGAUUUCUGUGCUUCUGCCCUCAGCAGUUAAGCUGUACUGA